AUGUGGGAUUCCUGGCCUCACCCGCUCUUCUCACCCUCCUGCAGCGAGAGCCCACCACAGUCCCACUCCACCUGCCUUCUUCCCCUCUCCGCCACCUCGCUGGGUUUCCCGCCAGAAAAGCGCUAUCGGCCCCCAGACGGCCUUGAGGCGGGAGGGCCCCGGCAGGAAUGCCCCGGGCGCCCACCGCAAUCUGCCGCCGCAGCCUCGCCCGCGGGCGCCGCAGCUUCGUCCUCGCCGCGUGGGGACAGCCCAGUCGAGUGCGACGCCGCCGACCCCGAGGCAGUGGGCACGGCUGCGGGCAGCAGGCCUCAGUACGGUAGAACGUCCUCUGCUGGCACCCCGAGGGCCAGCCCUGCCGCCCAGCUGCCGCGGAUGGAUUGCAGUGCUCCCAAGGAAAUGAAUAAACCACCAGCCAACAGCCUGGAGGAGUCGGUGCCCCCGGGCCACCACGAUGGCCCGUGCGCGCCCAGGACGAGCCCGGAGCAGGAGCUUCCCGCGGCCACCGCCGCGCCGCCGCCGCGUGUGCCCAGGUCCGCUUCCACCGGCGCACAAACUUUCCAUGCCCCCGACGCGCGAGCCUGCGAGGCCGAGCGGCCCGGAGGAGCGGGGGCUUGCAAACUGAGUAGCCCUCGGGCGCCGGCGGCCUCGGCGGCUCUGCGGGACUGGAGCGAGGCGCACGGUGCGCAGGCCGCCUCUCCUUCAGGGGGCGCCGGGCCCGGCAACGCUCUGCCCUGUAAGAUUCCAGCCCUGCGGGGCCCGGAGGGGGAUGCGAAUGUGAGUGUGGGCAAGGGCACCCUGGAGCGGAACAAUACCCCGGCCGUAGGCUGGGUGAAUAUCAGCCAGAGCACCGUGGUGCUGGGCACGGAUGGAAUCACGUCCGUGCUCCCGGGCAGCGUGGCCACCGCUGCCGCCCAGGAGGACGAGCAAGGGGAUGAGAAUAAGGCCCGAGGGAACUGGUCCAGCAAACUGGACUUCAUCCUGUCCAUGGUGGGGUACGCAGUGGGGCUGGGCAAUGUCUGGAGGUUUCCCUACCUGGCCUUCCAGAACGGGGGAGGUGCUUUCCUCAUCCCUUACCUGAUGAUGCUGGCUCUGGCAGGGUUGCCCAUCUUCUUCCUAGAGGUGUCCCUGGGCCAGUUUGCCAGCCAGGGGCCGGUGUCUGUGUGGAAGGCCAUCCCAGCCCUGCAAGGCUGUGGCAUUGCAAUGCUGAUCAUCUCCGUCCUAAUAGCCAUAUACUACAAUGUGAUUAUUUGCUACACACUUUUCUACCUGUUUGCCUCCUUUGUGUCUGUGCUGCCCUGGGGCUCCUGCAACAACCCUUGGAACACGCCAGAAUGCAAAGACAAAACCAAACUUUUACUAGAUUCCUGUGUGAUCAAUGACCAUCCAAAAAUACAGAUCAAGAACUCGACUUUCUGCAUGACCGCCUAUCCCAACUUGACAAUGGUUAACUUCACCAGCCAGGCCAAUAAGACGUUCGUCAGUGGGAGUGAAGAGUAUUUCAAGUACUUUGUGCUGAAGAUUUCUGCAGGGAUUGAGUAUCCUGGCGAGAUCAGGUGGCCACUAGCCUUCUGCCUCUUCCUGGCUUGGGUGAUUGUAUAUGCCUCCUUGGCGAAGGGAAUCAAGACUUCAGGAAAAGUGGUGUACUUCACGGCCACGUUCCCGUAUGUUGUGCUCGUGAUCCUUCUCAUCCGAGGAGUCACCCUGCCCGGGGCCGGCGCUGGGAUUUGGUACUUCAUCACACCAAAGUGGGAGAAACUCACGGAUGCCACGGUGUGGAAAGACGCCGCCACUCAGAUUUUCUUCUCUUUAUCUGCUGCCUGGGGAGGCCUGAUCACUCUCUCUUCUUACAAUAAAUUCCACAACAAUUGCUACAGGGACACGCUGAUUGUCACCUGCACCAACAGUGCCACCAGCAUCUUCGCCGGCUUCGUCAUCUUCUCAGUCAUCGGCUUCAUGGCCAAUGAACGCAAGGUGAACAUCGAGAACGUGGCCGACCAAGGGCCAGGUAUUGCAUUCGUGGUUUACCCAGAGGCCUUAACCAGGCUGCCCCUCUCUCCCUUCUGGGCCAUCAUCUUUUUCCUGAUGCUCCUCACUCUUGGACUUGACACUAUGUUUGCCACCAUCGAGACCAUAGUGACCUCCAUCUCGGACGAGUUCCCCAAGUACCUGCGCACACACAAACCGGUCUUUACCUUGGGCUGUUGUGUUUCUUUCUUCAUCAUGGGCUUCCCAAUGAUCACUCAGGGUGGAAUUUACAUGUUUCAGCUUGUGGACACGUAUGCCGCCUCCUAUGCCCUCGUCAUCAUCGCCAUCUUUGAGCUCGUGGGGAUCUCCUAUGUGUACGGCUUGCAAAGGUUCUGUGAAGAUAUCGAGAUGAUGAUUGGAUUCCAGCCAAACAUUUUCUGGAAAGUCUGCUGGGCCUUUGUGACUCCGACCAUUUUAACUUUUAUCCUCUGCUUCAGCUUCUACCAGUGGGAGCCCAUGACCUACGGCUCUUACCGGUACCCGAACUGGUCCAUGGUCCUUGGGUGGCUCAUGCUUGCCUGCUCCGUUAUCUGGAUCCCAAUUAUGUUUGUCAUAAAAAUGCAUCUGGCUCCUGGCAGAUUUAUUGAGAGGUUGAAGUUGGUGUGUUCGCCGCAGCCGGACUGGGGUCCCUUCUUAGCUCAGCACCGUGGGGAGCGUUACAAGAACAUGAUCGACCCCUUGGGGACCUCUUCGCUGGGACUCAAACUGCCAGUGAAGGAUUUGGAACUAGGCACCCAGUGCUAGUCCGAUGGCAUGGGAUGGCCCAGACUUGAUUCUCUUUCUCCUCUCUGCCUUUCCCUGAUGCUUUCCCCAGCCGUCUCCCCAUUUGUCUUCUUCCUUCUCCCCACAUCUCAGUUCAUACCUGUGCAUGAGAGUGAUGACUUAGAAAAGUAGGACAUAGUGUUGCAUGCUGUAGCCGAGAGCCAGAUGGGGCUCGGUUUGCCUGUGUCCACGCUGUCAGUUUCCAGUGGGCUUUGCCUCACAGGCUCGAAUCAACGAGGGGAGCGCCUCCCAGCGAAGUCACGUGUAGAUGUCCAUGAGUUGGUCCGUAGAGAAGCAUCCUCUGUGACUGUCACUGGUGGGGCCAGUCAGGCUGGUGCAGGAUAACCAGACGGUUGGUUUGGACUCAUCUGAGCCAUGUCGUGGUUUCGUCCAGGCACACAAAGUUGAGGACACGGUACCUC